AUGGCUGAGAGGUUUUUUAGGAUCAAACACCUAGGGCCUGUAAACAAUUACCUAGGGGUAGAGGUCACACAAACCCCUGAAGGGUAUUAUGAAUUGUGCCAACAAAAUAAAAUUGCUAAACUGCUGCAAGAGUAUGGGUUGUCAGAAGCCAAGAGUGUGGCUACACCCAUGGUUACAGGAUACAUAAAAAAGCCAAAUGAUGAGUUAUGGGAAGAUGUACAGAGGUAUCAGUCCCUAAUAGGUUCUUUGUUAUAUUUGUCCUGCUGGUCAAGGCCUGACAUAAGCUAUGCAGUUCACCUGCUAUGUCAGAGAGGUGCCUGUCCUUACAGAAGGGAUUGGACAGCGGCCAAGCGUAUCUUACGUUAUCUGAAGGGAACGAUAAGUUACAAACUUGUACUCAGAGUGUCUGGGGAAGUACAAGUGCAGGCAUAUUGUGAUGCAAGCUGGACAGACCAUCCGGAUGGAAAGUCAAUGACAGUUCUGUUAAUUUUCCUAGGCAAUGCCCUGAUAAUGCACAAGUCAGUCAAGCAAUCUCUUGUUGCUACAAGCACUUGUGAAGCGGAAUAUGCAGCAUUAAGCGAAUGUGUCAUACAUUUGGAGUGGAUUUUUCAGCUUUUGCAGGACAUGAAGAUUGAAUGUAAAGUUCCCAUUUCCAUCUUAUGUGACAAUACAGCAGCUCAACACUUAGCUGAGUACUUUGGAGCCAAGUAA